UCCUUGGUCAUCCAUCAAGCUUCGGUAAUGUCGUCACGAUAUGCAAUGAGUUAUCAUUGCGGCAAUCAUAGAUCAGACGUUAUCACUAUACGCUAAUUCAUAAACACCACUUCACUCCAGAAGUCAUUCCAAAAAUAUAGGACAGAAGUCGAGAGAAAUAGUUGUGGGAGGAAAAUUUUGGUCUAUAAAGGUGUCAACAAGAUGAAUUGUUUCAAAUUUACGUGAAAUUAGACGAAGUGCCUCACUGAUUGUUUUUGUCUGAACAGGUCCGUGCGCGCAUUCAUCAUAAUAGUGAAAACCUUUGCUGGAGGGGAAAAUGGACAAUAACUUACUGGACUUGACGUCUUUGUUAAUGGACCCUGAUGAGGUCACCUCAUCUUCUCGACCAUCCACACCCUCAAUAUUUUUAGAACGGACAAAGGCUUCUUUGGCACCAGUGGUUGGCUUUGUGGAAACUGAGGCCGAUUUCAAAAAUUCUCAGUUCAGCCGACGCCAGAGGAAAUUAAUACAAAAAGCCGAGCGGAAGGAAAAGAAGAAAAUCAAAAAGAAGAAAAUCAAGAAAAGUGAUAAUUCUGUUCAUGAUUCCAAUAUGCAAAAUGAUGGAGUAGCAAGUGGCACUGUAACCAAGGCACCAAAGAAACCAAUUUUCGAUUUGGCUGGAAAUAUUAUAAAUCCUGCUCCCUCGGUACCAUCGCUUGACAAAGGAAGCAAUGGAGUUUCUUCCACAGACACUGUUUCAACAAAGUCCCCAGGUAGCUGGUUGGACAAAGGGCCGCCUCUAAUUUUACUCACAACCAAAUCCCCAAAUAGCUCAUCCUCAUCAACCACUCAAAAGCCUCAAGAAGAUGUUGGUUCAACCACAUCCUCUACAACUUCAAGUGUGUCCACAACAACAAAACCGUCAGUGACAACAAAUGGAUUCCAGGACGCCACUGUCUCAUCUUCGACACCCUCGGGGUUGGAUGCCGGACUUGAGGGUACGUUGAAACCCAAUACCCCGUCCCCAACUAAAAUAGACUUAACAAGAGAUAUAAAGGACAAAAUAAAUUUAAAUCUGAAAAAUAUUACUAGCCUGGACAACACCAACUCAACUCAAAUCAAUAUUGUCAUUAAUGUAGUGGAUAAAGCAUUGGCGGAAAGACGAAGGAGGAAGUGGCUAAGAAGACAGGCGAGAAGACUCAAAUGUCCAGUAGAAGAUUUUCGAAAUUCCCCGAGCGGAUACAAGUGCUGUUUAAAAUCUGCCAAAUGUUUCGAGAAUUUACCGGAAGACAUAGAUGAAGUUACAGAGGCAGGCACUCAAAAUGUGGGCCCCACGAUCGGAAAUAUUCCGGAGGCUUGUGGACAAAUUGACCAAUCCUUGGUGUGCAUGGCGAGGGUUUUGGCCAAAGACCAAUGUAAAAGUGCAGCAGAAAUAGUCAACAAAGACCUGAACGAGGAGCUGCUGAUGGUACAGAAAUUCUACAAACAGCACUGUCCUGGAAAUUCAGGCGGAACAACAGCUCCCGUUCCCAACAUUCCUGGCGCCGGCGGACAGGGACAGAUAGCUGCUUCCGGAUCUGAAUCUUCUUUACCGACGUCCGCUCUUAUCGGGGCUGCAAUUGGUGGAUUAUUUUUCAUCAUUCUUAUUGUUGCGCUGGUCUGCUUUGUUCGAAGAAAAAGGUCACGACCUCCUACUCAAGACAAGGUGGCCUUUCAAAGUUCUCCAACCACAUCCGCUCGAUACAAGGACUUCAUGAGAACCAACUCGGAUGUUUAUGCUGAAAUUGACGAGAAACACUUGCAGAGAUCAUUCAGAGUUAGCAACGACACAACUACGUUUGAAAGAGAGGAAGGAAGUGGAGGUAGCACCGGAAGUAGACCACUGCCUACAGCACCCUCUGAUGGUGUAUAUGAAGACAGAGCCGGAUAUGUGACUCCGAGAGCCAGUAGAGAAAACCUUAACGACAGAGCAGGAUAUGACGCACUGUCUGCCGUCUCAAUUGAUGACGAAAACAGCGCUGAACCAUACGAUAAACUUGCACGAAACAGUGAAAAACCGGAAACGGAAGUUACAGACGGGGAUUAUAUAACACCUGAAUCUGGGAAACCGACAGAAGAAAAAUCCCCGGAUAAUUAUCAUACGUACUUUGUUUUAGAAAAAUAAAGACUUGUUUGAAUUCUUUAAUUUAUGGCUUAUGACAUUUUCAGUUUGCUUACAUGUAGUAUUGCAUGGAAAUUUUAAGUAUUACAUGCAUGGCUUCCAUCCAAUUCAUUUUUAAUUUAUUUGUUAUUUUUUCAUUUGUAAUAAAUGUGAUACAUGUUUAUUUAAAACCUCAUUUAAUAUAUUUUCAAAUACAUGUAAAUGUUCAUCAAAUAAAUACAAUAUUGUUGCUCUCAGCUGCAGAUUUGUUGAGGUUUGGUAUUUUUUAAAUAAAUAAAAGGGUAUUUAAAAUUGUUGAGUUUUGAUCUUAUAUCUACACUUAAUAAAUUUAGAAAGGAAUUAUUGUUCUUAUAUUGGUCCUUUCUUCCGGAUUUUCUUCUUUUUCUGCCAAAUA